AUGGGCUGUGGUGUUAGUCGAUCUGCGCUUCCCUCCAACUCUGUUGUCAGUUUCAAUGAGGGAGGUGAGAAUGCUCCCCACCCACAGUUCCCAGCGAACCUCCCAACAUUCACACGAACACGGCUGAGUGUCGGCAAUGGAUACAAGGGGAAAAGAACCUCCCGCACCUGCGGCGACGCGGACGGUGAAGAGGAGAUGCUCUCGGAUAUCACCGUAGGGGCCUCGCAGCCAAGUUUAGGAAAUGACUCCCCAGCCGCUCCCCACAUGCUCUUUCACUCGGAAAAUAUAGUAUCCGAACAAAAGGCGUUGGCUCCCACAAUUGAGGAGGAUCUGUUUGUCUACGAUGACGCCGUUGUCUCUAAGGACGAGGCACAGGCAAAACAUUGGCGCAUUGAGGGACGUAAGCCGCCCGCUGCGAUGGGCCGCCGCCCGACGGAUCCCCGUCACUCCGCUGUUGGAAUGGCGCUCUUCACAGCAGCCGGUACGCCCGCCACCACAACGUGGGAUGAUGGUAAAGGUAGUGCGAGCCUGUUUCGCUUUACCGACUUCAAUGUACAUGUGGACGAGGUGGAGUUCAGUCGUGAUGGGGCAUCGUUUGAGAGUGCAGAGCGGCGGGCAUCUAUGCAAGAGAGCCUCUCACGGCGGUCGGCGGGUAGCGCAAAAGUAACACGUACAUUCAGUGCGAUGCCAAACACCGCCGCUGCCUUAGUGAAGAGUGCGGAGGCAUCCUCAUCAAACACUUCAAACCGCCCUAUACGUCACUUUAAAGUAAACACACUCAUUGGCCACGCGGCGCGUGUGAAGUGUUUGGCGGUGGCUCCAAACGAACGCAGUAUUGUGAGUUGCGCCUGCACAGAUGCGUCUGUUACGAUGCGUGCACUUUCAAAUGGCAACGAAGAGGGUAUUUUCACUGGACACCACGAUACCGUUAUCUGCACGGCAAUCUCACCCGACGGUAAAUUCCUUGCGACGACGAGCAAAGACCACACACUCACACUGUGGGACGCCACCGUCACCAAAUUGCUUUGCGUGAUUGAACAUGAUAAAGUUGUGAUUUGUUGUUGUUUUAGUCCAGACAGCAAAACUGUCGUUUCCGGUUGUCAAGAUCGCAUUUGUCGUCUAUGGGAUACACGCAACGCACGGGAACGGUUGGCGUACACACACCACGGUGGUAUUAUUGUAAGUGUUGCUUAUAGCCCUGAUGGCAAAUAUGUCUGUAGCGCCUCCGCAGAUAAAACACUGCGGGUAUGGUCAACAACAACGGGAAAGACUCGCUGGACACUCGAAGGGCAUGUGGGUAUUGUUCUUGCAUGUAGCUACACUUCUAAUGGGACUCAUAUUGUUAGCAAUGAUGAGAAAUGUCUUUGUGUUUGGUCAACAGAAGAUGGAUCCCGUAAACUGAGACUUUCUGUGGCGGACGUUAUUGGUGUCACACGCCAGUCGGGGCGCAUGGUAAAGCUAGGAUGGACACUUUCCUGUGCUGCUCCUGGUCCAUUCACAGGAUAUAUUGUGGCAGCAUGUACAAAUCGUUUUGUGUAUAUUAUUGAUAUUGAAACUGGAAAAGAGUACGCUAGUACUUUCUGUAAAGCACCUGUUUACUGUAUGGCCAGUGGCCUAACCAGCAAGGUUGUUUUAGGUGAUAGUUUUGGAAAUAUAUACGCCAUGACGUUGAUGUAA